UGAGACACGAAGCUGAAAUGGCACAGAAAGGAGUUCAGCUGGAUCAGGAAACAUUUUCCUGUUCGAUCUGUUUGGAUCUACUGAAGGAUCCGGUGGCUAUUCCCUGUGGACACAGCUACUGUAUGAGCUGUAUUAAAACCCACUGGGAUGGAGAGGCUGGGAAGAACAUCCACAGCUGCCCUCAGUGCAGACAGACCUUCACACCCAGGCCUGUCCUGGUCAAAAACACCAUGUUGGCAGAUUUAGUGGAACAGCUGAAGAAGACUGGACUAGAACCUGCUGCUGCUGAUCACUGCUACGGUGGAGCUAAAGAUGUGGUCUGUGAUGUGUGCACUGGGAGGAAACGGAAAGCUGUCAAGUCCUGUCUGGUGUGUUUGGUCUCCUACUGCCACAAACACCUUCAGCCUCAUUAUGAAUCUGCUGCCUUUAAGAAACACAAGCUGGUUGAUCCAUUGGAGAAACUCCAGAAGAACAUCUGCUCUCGUCAUGGUGAGGUGAUGAAAAUGUUCUGCCGCACAGAUCGUCAGUGUAUCUGUUAUCUGUGCUCUGUGGAUAAACAUAAAGGCCACGACACAGUCUCAUCUGCAGCAGAAAGGACUGAGAGGCAGACAGAGCUGGAGGUGAGUCGACAGAAAAUCCAGCAGAGAAUCAAAGACAAACAGAAAGAUGUGAAGGCGCUUCAACAGGAAGCGGAGACCAUCAGUCGCUGUGCUGAUGAAGCAGUGGAGAAGAACCACAAGAUCCUGACUGAGCUGAUCCGACUGAUGGAGGAAAGAAGGUGUGAUGUGGAGCGGCAGAUCAGAUUCAAGGAGGAAACUGAAGUGAGUCGGGUCAAAGAGCUGGAGUCGAAGCUGGAGCAGGAGCUCAGUGAGCUGAGGAGGAAAGAUGCUGAGAUGGACAAACUGUCACACACACACGACCACAACCAGUUUCUACUCCAGUAUCUAUCAGUGUCCAAACUCAGAGAGGAUCCAGACUCAUCCCACAUCCACAUCCAUCCUCGGAGUUACUUUGAGCAUGUGACAAUGGCUGUGUCAAAGCUCAUAGAUAAACUACAGCUCAGUCUGACAGAGGAAUGGACCAACAUCUCACUGAGCAUCACCCAAACACAGGUUCUACUAGAACCGGAACCACAGACCAAAGCAGAAUUCUUACAAUAUUCACGUGAAAUCACACUGGAUCCAAACACAGUGCAUGAACGUCUGUUACUGUCUAAGAAGAAAAAAAGAGUAACUGUGAAACAAAAACAAAACUAUCCUGAUCAUCCAGACAGAUUCAGUGGCUGGCAUCAGGUCCUGAGCAGAGAGAGUCUGACUGGUCGAUGUUACUGGGAAGUGGAGUGGAGUGGGAAGAGAAUUGGAGUCGCAGUCACAUAUAAGGAUAUUAAGAGAAAAGGAUCCUCUGAUGAAUGUAGAUUUGGAAACAAUGACAAAUCUUGGGCUUUAUAUUGUGACAAUGAUUCUCUUGAAUUCUAUCAUAAUGGUGUCAGUUCUUCUGUCCCAGGUCCAGUUCCCUUCAGAAUCGGAGUGUACCUGGAUCACACAGCAGGUAUUCUGUCCUUCUACAGCGUCUCUGAAACCAUGACUCUGAUCCACAGAGUCCAGACCACAUUUACUCAACCUCUUUAUGCUGGAGUUGGGUUUGGGUUUCGUUGGGGGGGUAUGUUUGUCAUUGUUGCAUCCACUGCCCACUUUCCUAAAUUCCAUUAA